GGCCGAAAUCAGGGCUGGUCCGCGUGGUCAGAGUGGUCCAUGUGCUCGAGAUCGUGCGACGGUGGCGUGGCUCAGCAGCUCAGACGGUGCCAUUCACCCCAGGGCUGCCGGGGUGAUCCGAUUCGCUACAAAAUCUGCAACAUGCAGCCAUGUCCGGAAACACAAGAUUUCCGGGCUCAUCAGUGUGCAGCAUACGAUGAUGUGCCCUACGACGGAUCCCUGUUCAAAUGGACGCCGCACUACGACUACACGGAGCCGUGCGCCCUCACGUGCAGGGGUCAGCCAGCCCACCUGCCCGACGAAACUGUCCCCGGAAGUGUGGAAAAUGAGUCGGGCGUGGAUGAUGAGCCCAGCGUGAUCGUGCAACUCUCACCGCGAGUUCAGGAUGGAACGCGGUGUCGACCCGGAAGCUUAGAUAUGUGUAUCCAAGGGAAGUGCCAGCGUGUCGGUUGUGACCUGCGAAUCGGGUCGAACAAGAAGGUGGACGCCUGCGGGGUGUGCGGCGGCGAUGGGAGCUCCUGCAGUCAACCUCUCUAUCACUGGGACACCACGGCGAUGUCGCUCUGUUCUGCGACAUGCGGCGGAGGAUACAAGAUGGCCCGGCCGACGUGUCGCAACCGCGUGACGGGCGCCGAAGUGGAGGAGUCUCUGUGCAGCGCCGCCACGCGCCCGGAGCCCGCCGUGAUCCACUGCAACACGCACCAGUGCCCGCCCAAGUGGGUGGCGGACGACUGGGGCGUGUGCAGCAAGACGUGCGGCGGCGGCGUGCGUGAUCGCCUCGUGAUCUGCGUGGAGGAGAACCAGGGCGUGAAGAACAAGGUGGCGGACGAGCACUGUCGCAGCUUCAAGCCCAACACCCAGGAGAUCUGCAACGUGCACGACUGCCCCAACUGGGUGGCCUCCGACUGGUCUGGGUGCUCCGUGUCCUGUGGCAAAGGUAUUCAAGUGAGAAGCGUGGAGUGCAUGGAGACAAGUGGUGGAAUGAGCACCCAAUGUGAUCCAAAUGACAAACCCAUUGCCAUUCAGACGUGCACCACGGGUAUUUCAUGUUCCAAAGAACACUCAGAGGACGGCGAGGAGGAGGAGGAGGAGGACGACAUGGAGGGACACCAUGCGGAUGAGCCGUACUACCUGGAGCCGAGAACAGCCGCGCUCACCUCGCGACGUGACUCUUACGCAUCCCACGAGAGUGAUUAUCCCAGCGAACGUCUCGCCAGUGAUCAACGCGCGCCCAGCGAAGCCACAUUUGUCAAGGACACCGACUGGGGCCCGUGCAGUGUGACGUGCGGCGAGGGCACGCGGAGGAAGCAGUACCGAUGCAAGAUCUACCUGGAGUUCUCCAGGACGAUGGCCACCCUCAAUGACUCCCUGUGCUCGGGACCAAAGCCGGCGGAUCAAGUGGAGCGAUGCUACUUAGAGCCCUGCUCCACUUUCUACGGCUACGAUCAGUCGUACUCCAGGGACUCCAAGGCUCAGGCGCCGGUGCCGGGAAAGACGUACUCGUGGCGUGAGCAGGGAUACACGCCGUGCAGCGCCUCGUGCUUGGGCGGCGUGGAGGAGCUGAUCAUUAACUGCGUGCGCGAUGACACGGGCAAAGUGGCGUCGCCGUUCUUCUGUCCGCAGGACACGAAGCCCGAGCCCAGAUCGCGUCCCUGCAACGAUCACCAGUGUCCGCCGCGGUGGAACUACUCCGAAUACUCCGCGUGCUCCAAGUCCUGCGGCAUCGGCAUCCGCACGCGUGAGGUGCAGUGCAUCCACGAAGUGGCUCGUGGGCCGGAGAACAUCAUGAUUGUGCCCAACAACAUGUGUCCUCAGCCGCCGCCCAGCGACCGCCAGUACUGCAAUGUGCUGGACUGUCCGGUGAGGUGGGAAGUCUCCGAGUGGAGCAAGUGUUCCAAGCCCUGCGGCGGAGGUGCGAAGGAGCGUCGCGUGGAGUGCAAGCAGAUCAUGGCACAGGAGCACAAGGUGGAGCGACCGGUGUCCAUGUGUCCCAGCGCCAAGCCGCCGGACAGGAAGCCGUGCAACACGAAGGCGUGCGCCCCGGAGGACCAGAGGCCACAGAUUGCGGUGAACAACAGCACGUACAUUCAGCACGAUGUGAAGCGCCAGAAGGUCACUCUCAAGGUUGGCGGCGCGGCCACGGUGUUCUUCGGGACGCAGAUCAAGAUUAAGUGCCCGGUCAAGAGAUUCAAUCGCACGCGAAUCCGAUGGAGCAAAGACAAUGUCUUCCUCACGAAGACGAGGAAGUUCAAAAUCUCCCAGAAGGGCGCUCUUCGGAUAGUUCACGUGUCAUAUCGUGAUACUGGCAUCUACACUUGCCACGCCAGUCUCAGCUCGGCUGACUUGAAGCUCACAGUGAAGCCCAAACCGGGAGAUUUUCCCUCCCAAGAGGAAUACGAGAAGUACAGAGAGGAUGUUGAACUGAAGGCGCUGAGGACUCACAGUAAUCCAGAUAUACAGCAAUCGACUUUUUUAGGCUCCUCCGAGGCACGAUCUCGAGAUCAGAAUUCUAGGGGGAAAUCGCGUGAUUCGCACAAGGGCGGAAAUAGGCACAAAAUCAGCUCCGCCGGUGUCUUGGGGGAGGACCACGAAGACGACGAGUCUGAGGAGCCUUUUAGAUCUCGCUCACAACUGACCGCUUCAGAUUUGACCACAAACUCUGCAGCUAGUUCUGGUUCAAGAGCAAUCCCUCUACCACACUUUAAGCACCUCCUGGCCAGUCUUCAGCUGUUGUGGCCAUUUCAGAGCUUCAGUCACUCGAAGGGACACGAUAUGCUCAUGAGGAACGGCCAGUAUUUCCCGGACUUGGACAUGGGCGUGGACGCACCGCAGCAACAAGCGCUCAUCCAGCCGAACGCCAACUUUCGCCACCACUUGAAUGCCCUCCAGAGCGGCCAAGGGGAAGUUCUGAACGACGAGGCGCCGCAUCGCCACAUCACAGCCGCCGAGUUCUUCGGCGACACCAACAGCUCAGAGGCGGUGGUUUUGGGACACGGCUCGCCGACCAAUUUGCACUUCAAGUGGUCAUCAUCGCCAUGGUCCGACUGUUCGCAAUCGUGCGGCAAUGGCUUCGGCAUAAAGACCCGCACCGUGCAGUGCAUGGUGGUCCUGGGGAAUGCCAGCCAGACCGUGGAUAGCGCCCUGUGCGAGGACGCCGGAUUGCGGAUGCCGGAAGGCGUGCAGAAGUGUGGCGCCAUUGACUGCCCAAAGUGGGUCGCCGGGGAGUGGAGUCCGUGCAAUGCCUCCAAGUGCUUCAGCUGGCACACUGCCAUCCAGAGGAGACGUGUCACAUGCGAAAUCAGCGGCAUCAGGACGUCUGCCAGCAAAUGCACGGCCGCCGAGCGACCAGUGUCGAAGCAGGAGUGCUACAGCGAAGACUGCCACGGCGUGUGGAAGGUCGACCCGUGGUCAGAGUGCAACGCCCUGUGCGGCACUCAGGGUCUGCGGUAUCGCAUCCUGAGGUGUGUGUGGCGAGGCACGAAGCGGCCGGCCGGCGACGCGUGCAAGGACCAACCUCGUCCCACGGUGAUGAGGAUUUGCCGGGCAGCGGCGUGCAUUGCAAACAAUACUGAGUGCAGGGACACUUCCAAGUACUGCAAGAACGCCCGAGGCAUGGGACUGUGUCGUCUGCACCGAUUCCAGCAGCAGUGCUGCAAGACCUGCAGCUUCAACAUCUUCCACUAAGGACAAGGAGGAAGAGCCAGCCAAAGGCAGAGGAGUGAUCGUUGAAUGCUCUGGCCAGAAAGUGCAUUUUUAGGGCACCAGAAGAAGAAGAGAGAAAAUUGCGGCUGUGUGCUUGAGAUCUUGGAGAAAAAGAGGCGCGCAUGAAAUUUGGUCAGAAUGUGUAUAAAAGAAAAUCAUAUCUCUAUAGAUUGUGAAAGUUUAUUUCCUGAACAAGUGUGAGAAGAAAAUGAAUCAGUAAGAGAUAUUUCUUAGAAAUUGUAGGAUAAGUUAUAAUGAAAUAUGGACACAAAACACACACAACACAAAGCAUCUAUUGAAUAUUUGUAAAUAUUAAUCAAAAUCAAUCUCAAUUUUGUGGAAAGGAUUGUGACAUAAAGCAAUAUCGAUUUAGGUUUCUCUUUAUUUCGAUUCGCACUCUCUAUUAUAAUCUUCUUCCCCCUCAACGCACAAAAUCCUCCCCUUCAGCAGAGACAGAGUAUAUAUAAUUCCAUUUUUCUCCCUCCGCGAAUUGCAAUGAUUUUACUGACAGACCGAAAUUUAUGUACAAUUUGGAGAUGAAGAAAAAUUGCGUGCUCAGCAGGAAGUUAAAUCGAUUUUUAUUCUGUCAAGAUUAAUUAAUUCAAUUCGAUAGAUAUGCAAACAAUUUGAUGAAUAAAGUAAAUGAUAAAAGCCCGUUGAAGAGUGUGAGUGAAGAUAUUGUACAUAAGAGAAUCAUUUAGGAGUUUAGCGAUGAUACGAAAAUCUCCCCAGAAGUAGUUCUUGUAGCGUAAGAUGGAGUAUUUGGAGUGUAGUUAGGCCAAAAAUUGGACGAUCCUAAGGGUUUAGACAGUGGAAAAGUGUGUUAUAUUUCAAUUGACAGAAGGUGUAGACUUUUUUACAGACGGACUCUCUAGUUGUAGCUCAUCUCUUUCCCACUCCCACAAGAGUGACUCCGGAAGAGGAGAUCGAUUAAUUGCAAUGAAGCUUUCCUUCUAUCACUAAUGAUGUACUAACGUAAGAUUAUGGCGAGGCGGUGUAACAGCAAUCACGUUGAUAUCUGUAAAAGUGACAAAAAGUAGUGAAAUAUAAGUACUUGUUGAAUGAACUGCGGAGAAGGUGAGAAUCCAAAUUACAAAAAAAAUGUGUAAUCUUUAAGCACUCUACAAAUCCCCAGAAUAGAUGAUAACAAUUGCCACAAAAUCACUACAAAUCUAUUUGAAAAUAACACUCCGGAACGUGAAAUAUUGGAAGAUGUGUAACUUCUUGAAAAGAUAUCCUUAUAUAUAUAUUGAUGCAUGUGACGAAAGGAUGCGUGAAGUAUAAAUUAAAAGUCGACUGAUUUUUCCCUUAAAACUAUUUUCCUCCCCCAUCUUUUUGGCUGAGACAAUGGAAGUGAGAAAUUGUGAGAAAGGCCAUAAAAUGUCCUUCAAACAGUUGAUAUGGAAAAUAUUUUACCAAAAUUAUUCACAAUUAUAGAAAUAAAGGUAUUAAGUAUAUAUCAAAUAGAAUGCAGAUAAAAAAAACAGUAUAAAAUGACAAUUACUGUAAAUAAAUUAUACAAGCACUCAUUAACAUUAUGAAAAAAAUAA